AGCGCACAUUAACCGGAAGUUGUUGUCAGUUGCCACUUCUGUCCGCACCCACAUUUUACUUCCAUGCCCUAAAAUCUUUACAUACUCAAACAUAACUCUGGAGGAAGUUGUCGCCUUAUUGGAACUAUAUUUAGUUGUAAUGAUUAUUUCAUUUUCAUGGGCAAUUUAUUUUUUAUUCGUGUCCAAGCCGUUGUUUGGGAAAAACUAGCGAGCUAGCUAACUAGCAUUAUUAAUGGUUUGAUGACGUCAGCUGAGAUUAUUGACGGAGAUUGAAGCAUCUUCAGGGCUGCAGAUGGAUUUCUCAAAGUUCCUGGACGACGAUUUUGAUGUGAAAGACUGGGUGAACGGAGCCUUCAAGGUGGUGCAGAAAGAUGCACCGGGGAAGGCGGACGCACACGCUGCAACGCUAGUUAUGAAGCUACAGUUAUUCAUCCAGGAAGUCAAUAAUUCCAUUGAGGAGACGAGUAAUCAGGCCCUGCAGAACAUGCCCAGAGUGCUCCGAGAAGUGGAGGCUUUGAAGCAGGAGGCGUCUUUUCUUAAGGAGCAAAUGGUUCUGGUCAAAGAGGACAUCAAGAAGUUUGAACAGGACACAGUACAGUCCAUGCAGGUCCUGGUGCAGAUUGAUCAGGUGAAGAGUCGCAUGCAGUUGGCAGCAGAAGCGUUGCAGGAAGCUGACAAAUGGACCACACUAAGCACAGACAUUGAAGAGACCUUCAAAACACAGGAUCUUGCAGCCAUCUCGUCCAAGCUGACAAGCAUGCAGAACAGCUUGGCCAUGCUGGUGGACACGCCAGACUACUCAGAAAAGUGUGUCCACCUGGAGGCUCUAAAAAACAGACUAGAAGCCCUGGCCAGUCCGCAAAUAGUCUCUGCAUUUAAUUCCAUGUCUGUAGACCAAGCCAAACUAUUUGUUAAAGUUUUCUCAGAAAUUGACAGAAUGCCGCAACUCCUUGCCUACUACUACAAGUGUCAUAAAGGGCAGAUGGUGAACAUGUGGCAGGAUCUCUCCCAGAGCGAGCUCAGCCUAAAUCAGCAGCUAACCGAAUUCUACGACACCUUGUUCUCCACGUGGCACACUCAGCUCCAGUGGUGCAGCCAAGUGUUCAAAAACCCAUAUGAGGUCGUGACCGUGUUGCUGAUCCAGACUCUGGGCGCCAUGGUUCCCUCGAUCCCCGUGUGCCUGAGCACGGCCAUGGAGCGAGCGGCUCAAGAGAAGUGCCUUGACACCCUGCUGGAGCUCCACCACACCACGCUCACACUGGGACACAACCUUGAGGCCGCCAUGAUGCCACACAUCGGUGAGAAUAAUCUCCUGAAGGUGAAUGAGCUUGUGUGUGCGCUGUACGACCCUUAUAAGUCGUAUCAGCUGCAGUAUGGAGAACUGGAAGAAACACACCUCCUCAUCCAGAUCAGUGCUGUUCCUUUGGAGCAUGGUGAAGUCAUUGAUUGCGUGGAGGAGCUGAACCACUCUGUCGGGAAACUGUUUGGCCUGGCAAGUGCCGCUGUAGACCGUUGUGUGAAGCUCACUGAUGGACUGGGCGUGGUCGGCCUCCUCAAGGCUCUCAAAGCGCUCUUCACCAAGUAUGUGUCCGACUUCUCCACUACACUGCGUUCCAUCAGGAAGAAGUGCAAACUGGAGGACGCACCCACUUCUUCCGUGUUCCGUGAGGACUGGACGGCCUUUCAGAAUUCUGUCAGAAUCAUUGCUACAUGCGGCGAGUUACUGAGACAAUGUGGAGCCUUCGAACAGCAGCUGUCAAACAAGAUCAUGGGCACGGCGGGCAAGUACCUGUCAGAGACAUACAGCCCUCGCAGCCUGGCGGGCAUCCAGGAAGCCAGCGCCGCUGAGAGGAAGGGCGCCACCAAAAAUCCUUGGCAAGAGUACAACUAUCUUCACAGGGGCAGCAUGACGGACUACAACUGUUUAAUGGAAGUGCUCUACUCGUUGAAGGAGAAAGGUGCGGGGAACUCCAACCUGUUAGCCGAACCAAGGGGGACGCUGAUCCGCCUCAAUCAGCAGGCUCAUCAGCUGGCCUUCGACUCUGUCUUUCUACAGAUUAAACACCAGCUCUCACCUGUCGCCAAGACAGAAAGUCAAGAGUCACAUGGUUUAGGAGAGAGCUAUGCUGAGGACCUGCCUACCUUCAGCCUGUCUCCACAAGAGUACAUCACUAAUAUUGGGCAGUACCUGAUGUCUCUGCCGCUCCACUUAGAACCCUUUGUGGCGCAAGAGGAUCCGGCAUUAGAGUUGGCAUUGCAUGCCGGGAAGUUACCUUUUCCUCCUGAGCAAGGUGAUGACCUUCCUGAGCUGGACAACACAGCAGACUACUGGCUGGGCUCCAUCGCUCGGGCAACCAUGCAGACGUACUGUGACGCCAUCCUGCUCAUCCCUCAGCUGAGCGCACAUUCCACCAAACAGCUGGCCACGGAUAUCGACUAUUUGAGCAACGUGAUGGAUGCUCUCGGGCUGCAGCCGUCUCGUAGCCUCCAGCAUAUCGUCACCCUGCUGAGGGCCAAGCCAGAAGACUACAAACAAACCUCCAAACAGUUACCUCGGAGACUGGCCUCUACUAUCGGCGCCCUCCGCUCCAUUGACUUCUAAAAACAUCCCCUCCUCCCUCAAUUUGCAUAUGUCCACCGAAGUGACGGUUUGUAUAUCAACAUAUUUUUUUAUUUUUGUGCACUACAUGGGGAAGCAUCGACGAUUGGAGGUAUUUGUGUUGUUUGUAGCUAUUUCUUUGAUACUUUGCAAAAUCAGGGUAAAUAUAAUGGCAUUUACUUACUUACUUAUGCUAAUACUGCUAAUUACAGUUGAAUGAAGGUUUCUAACAUAAACAGUGUCUUCAUUUUGGCUUGUGUGUGGACAAGACAUUUUCAAUAUAUUUUUAAGUAUUCUAUAAAUGUGUACCGGUACAUAAAGCAUUUACAGAAUAUUAUAAUGGUGUCCAAAUGUUAUUUCAUGCAAUUAAGAAGUUUUUUUGUUAUUGGUGGCCCACAGAUUUGUCAUAUGAAUGACAUCAGAGUGGCUGGAGUUUGGUUCAAAACUCUUAAGUAACUGAUAUUUUUUUAGAGCAGAUUCCAAAAACAAGCAUUCUUUUGCAGUCAGCCCUUUAAAACAUCAGUGAUUGCCUGUCAUUUUUGGAGGAAAUUUGGUUAUCAUAAAUACCCCCCUUGUUUUGGCCUUGUUUAUGACUAAAUUUAUGACUAUAUUUGCCAUUUGGUUGGCUAAAAAGCAUUGCAUUGACAUAGAGUACAGGUGAAAAGUUUGGACACACCUCAUUCAAUGUGUUUUCUUUAUUUUCAUAACUAUUGUAGAUUGUCACUGAAGGCAUCAAAACUAUGAAUGAACACGUGGAGUUACGUACUUAACAAAAAAGGUAAAAAAUCUGAAAACACGUUUUAUAUUCUAGUUUCUUCAAAAUAUCCCCCCUUUGCUCUGAUUACUGCUUUGCACACUCUUGGCAUUCUCUCGAUGAGCUUCAAGAGGUAGUCACCUGAAAUUCGAUUUCACUUCACAGGUGUGCCUUGUCAGUGUUGAUUAGUGGAAUUUAUUGCUUUAUCAAUAGGGUUGGGACCGUCAGUUGUGUUGUGAAUGAGAAUGUGUGUCCAAACUUUUGGCCUGUACUGUAUACAAAUUAAGAAUCAAAUGUAAUUGUAAAGGGAAUAGAAAGUUGAAUUAAAAAGCUCAUGCAGCUUUAAUUGAAAAAUGUUAAUUAUAUGUAUUUUUAUGUGCUUUCAAACAAAUACUUUUUUAAUCGUGAUUAAUCACAGGAUGUUAUUACUCUCUUGCAUAAUUUAAGUUAACUAAAAAAGACCCCACUAUUUAGAUACAAAUGUUUAAUUUUAUUUUCAGAAUGUCAUACAGGAACAUUUAAAAAAAAUGUUUUAAUAGAACACACUAUAUUUAUUUGCGCAAAACAUGGUCACAGUUUUAUUUGAAGUCCAUUCAGAUUGUGCAACUUUGAACAUACAGCAAACCGUACCGCCUUUCCGCUAAUCGUCCGUGGCUAAAGUAAAGAAACGUGCAGACAAAAUAAAUGCAUGAUUAAUCUGCGUCAAGGGGGGUAUUCGAUCAUUUUGGGGCCCAUUCGAAACCGAAUCAUUGGGGGCAGCCGCAUAUCAAAAACAUGGUAAUGGUAGAAACUAACAAGCGAGCAGCGCAAUGAUUAUCACUAAUCCCAAUGUUUUUAUUGUGAUGGAAAUACUUAUUAAAGUGUUUGCCAUUUUUCAUACUAUUUUCCUAGCCUGGUUGGACCAGACGGGAGGGAUAGUGUUAUUAUUCUUAAGGCUGAAAAUGUGUGACAGGUGGGAAAAAAAGAGAGCUUUUGACGGUGGCGGUGUUUGAACUAGAAGUAAGACUUUAGAAAAUUGCUUCUCGAGUUCCUGCCUGCCGUCCUUCCUUCUUGCUAAAUCUUACUGGACCCUCGGUUUCAAUAGUUGACCACUUUGAGCACUGUAAUACUCACAUACCACUUGCAUCCUGCAGUAGCUCUUGCUGUGUUGAUCACAUACAUUUAGUGUCACAGAGAAACAAGUAUACCCCAUGAUUAUAUUUUUAAUAAAAACUGUAGUUUUAUUCUCUCUUUUUCCUCUGUUUUGCUCCACUUGAGAUACUCUGCCCAAUUUUUUAUUAGGAACAAAACACCUCUCAAAACCAUUGCAACGUCUUGCUAAAUCAAGUAACAUGAUAACAUGUUACUUAUUAAUAAUGCUGAAUAUUAUUUAUUGUCUAUUGUGAACGAACUGUGGUGCUGAAUUUCCCCCAGGGAUCAAUAAAGUACUUUCUAUUCUUUUCUAACAUUAUGCGAGAAAGGAGAGGGGUGCUGACGGAAUAGUCAUGAUUGAUUAAGCAUUUUCAUAUACAGUAAUCUCUCAUUUAUUGCUAUCAAUUUGUUUAGAACAUGACUGUAAUAAACACAUUUUCUGUGAA